AUGUUAUUUUUCCUGUCUACUCUUGCAAUUUCAACAUUCUUGAAUGUUGUUUCACUUGCAGAAAUCGAACAUUUUCCAAAAAGACUGUGCAUCGUGCCUGACAAGACUAAGUUUCUAUGUGAAAACCUUAUUCAACCAUUUGAUACUCUGCCAACUCAUGCUGGACAGUUGCUGGACCUCAUUAAUGCACCUCUUCUUGCAAAGCUUCCUGUGGCUAGCUACUCGGACUUGGGAAAAUUUAGAAAACUUGGUGACUAUAUCUAUUAUGAUGAAAUGGAUAGUGAUAGUGAACUAGCAUCAAUGAUCAGUCAUGCCCUCUCUGAGACAGAAAUUACCAAUAUUGUAACUGAACUAGAGAUGGUUACAUCUGUAGAUUUAUUAACCAAACGUCCUCUACAAUUAUUUUGCAAUAACUCUGAUUUUCGAAUUGAAUUUUCCCGUAAUGCAACUGAGAAGAAAUAUACAACGAAUGCAAAAAGCACUCCAGCAACAACAAAAAAUGCUAGACCUGAUCUUCUUGGAUAUAUUAAUGAUGUACUAGUGAUAAAAAAUGAAGAGAAGGCUGCACGAAACAAGUUUGAUACUGCAAAAGAAGAGCUCAUAUCCAAGUUUAGCAAGCUUGAUCCAUUAUAUUUCGGUAAUAUUAAAUUUUUAAUUUGUUAUGCUGUAGCAAAGGAUAUUUUUUGCUUUUUUGCAAUUGAUGGACCCAGCAAGAUGUUAGUUCCACUGUCCACACAACUCUACAUGGAUGAUCUCAAUGCUCGAUUCACAACUCUCAGGAUAAUCAUCAAUAUUGCUCGUAUCUUUAAAACAAUGACCACCAAGGAUGCCUUCCCUGCUAAAGUAAUCCCUCUUGGUAAGCCACUGCAACUCAGACAUUCUACAAUUACUUUCUUUGAAGGGUAUGUCCAGAAAAUUGUUUUGGACAGUGAGCUCUAUGGAAUUGAGGAGGAUGACUGUGUUGAUACAUUAAAGCAUAUGUAUGAGCUUGCCAAAGGUCACUAUGGACUUGUUCAGGUCUUGGAAGGACCAAUCUUUAGAAAAGGUCGGAGAAGACCAGGGAAAUAUAUAAUCAAACUGAAGACACGUGGCCUUGAAUGCCCACCAAAAGAUGAGCAAACAACACAAGUGAUGACAUGCAGUUUGCUCACUGGACUGAAGAGACUUCAUCAAUGUGGUUAUGUCCAUCGUGAUAUUCGUUUAUCAAAUAUUGUUUACGAUUCAAAUAAUUCUAAAGGCUAUGAAUACGUUCUUAUCGAUUUUGAGUAUGGAGGUAAAGCAAAUGAAAAAUUUGACAUCUUAUUGACAGACUGGGAUGAUGGCACAUGUGAUGAGGAUAAUGUCUACACAACCCUUUCAGACAUGUAUCAAUUAGGCAGGUUAUUGGAAGGGCUUAAUAUGAUGUUCUCCAAUGAUGGACAAGACUUUAUAAAUAAAUUGAAGAAAAAGGUGUUAGAAGCAGAUGCAGCACUCCAACACCCAUGGAUUGCUUCAAUUUGA